AUGGAUCUAAACGAACAAGGACUUCUUCUUCCAGCUCCAUUACGAGUAUAUGAUUGUUCAGCUAAUGAAGUUAUUUCAUUUAAAUUAAUUCGUUCGGAAAAGGAUUUAGAGAAUGAUGAAAUUGAAUUUUCACCAGAAUUUACACAUCAAAUUUUUGGAGAGAAUGAACGAAUCUUUGGAUAUAAAAAUUUAAAUAUAAAUAUUUAUUGUUUAUCAUCAUCACUCAAUUUUUACUUAAAUAUUGACUAUGAUGAAAAAAUAAAUCCAAAAAAAUAUCAACAAUUUAAGGCUGAUGAUAUUAUUGAAACAUUAAAUGAAUGGAUACCAAAGACAACAACAACAAAUUUAGAUUUGUUUUUAUCAAAAUUAAAAACUGAACAUGAAUAUUCAACAUUCGGUGAACAAAUCUUAUCAUAUGAAUUAAAAAGUGAAAAAUCUACAUCAUAUGCAAUUCAUCGUGUUAAUCAACAUUUCUGUGAUGAUCAAAAAUUUGUUGAAUGGUAUAAUCGUCUUGAAACAUUUCUUGUAUUUUUUAUUGAUGCUGCAUCAGCCAUUGAUAAAGAUGAUCCGAAUUGGAUUAUUUAUCUUCUUUAUCAAAAAUAUCAAAAUAAUAAUGGUCAAACAUGUUAUGCACCUAUUGGAUUUAUUACAGUUUAUCUUUAUUAUGCAUAUCCUGAUAAAAAACGACCAAGAAUUAGUCAAGUAUUGAUUCUACCACCAUAUCAAAGAAAAGGUCAUGGACGUCGUCUUGUAACAGCAAUUUAUAAUGAUUUUCGAAAAGAUACUCGUGUUCAAGAUAUUACAGCUGAAGAUCCAUCAGAUGAAUUUAUUGCAUUACGUGAUCUUGUUUCACUUGAAUUAUGUCUUAAAUAUUUACCUGAUUUAUUUUCAAAAGAAUCAAUACUUAAAACUGAUCGAUUAACAAAGGAAAUGAUUGAUAAAGCACGUGAGAUAUGUAAAUUAACUAAACAAGAAACUCGUCGUGUACAUGAAAUGUGUUUUCUUCAAUCAAUCAAUCCUAAUGAUGAACAACAAAUGAAACGUUUUCGUUUAAUCGUUAAACAACGUCUAUUUGAACCAUUACAAUUUGAUAAACGUCGUCGACUUCAAUUAGCUGAUCCAGCACUUGAAGCAUUAGCAACAGAUCCAGAAAAACGAAAAAAAUAUUUAGAUACUCAAUAUCAAUAUGUUCUUGAACAUUAUGAAAACUUUAUUGAGCAGCAACAUGAAUCAGCUGAUGCAUUAUUUGCUAAUAUAAAAUAUGUAUUAGAAGCAAAUGAAUUAAAACUUAAUCAAUUAGUUUCAAUUGGAUCUGAUAACACCAACGUAAUACUUAAACAUAUUAAAAUAAGAUGGUUGAGUCUUUUAAAAUCUAUUGAACGUCUCAUUGCAAUUCAUCCAGUUGUUAAAAGUUAUUUUUUGAAUCUGGAUAUUGAAGAAUGUCCACAGUUAUUGUUAGAAUUCUUUACAUCGCAUAAAGGUGACUGUACGUUGUACUUUUUGGCAAGCGUUUUACCAGACGUACAAAAUGCAAAUUUGGUAUUACAACGUGAAUAUACAACUGGAGUUAAUAUACAUGACAUUAUCACAAAUUUACUUCGUAAAUUAAAGAAUCGUUUACAGGAUGAGUUUUUUGGUUGUAAAGUUGCUCAAUUACUCGAAGAUUCUCCAAUAAAACAAGUUGAUGAUUUAAAAAAAUCAUUUAAAGUAUUUAUUCGUUCAAUUAUUGAUUAUAUUGAGAAAUAUUACAAUGACUAUAAAUCAUUUUAUCAAUCAAUUUCUGUUUUCGCUGAAGUCGAUAUUGAAAAAAUCGACUGGCGCAGCAUUCAAAAAUGUUCUACUUUUAUUGUUAAUCAAUCAAUUGAUCAAGAUAAUUUAUAUGAUGAAUUUAACUAUAUUAAAUCUAAGUAUAUCAAUUUGAAAGGAAAGUUCGGUGGAAUUAGUAAUCAAGUGCAAUCAUUUAUUUUAUUAAAUCAAGGUUCAUCAAAAUAUAAUGGAAUAUCAAUUAAUCAUGAAACAAAUCUAUGCGAUGAUUAUGAUGCUAUUCUAGAUAAUCUAGAUAAUACUGAUAUCGAUGAUGAUGAUGAUGAUGAAGCCGAUGCGAAAAUUUAUAAACAUAAAAAAACAAAUAGUUUAACUAGAAGUGAUCAUGCGUGGGCAUUUUUACUCGACGGUGAAUGUGUACCCAAUUUAAAAAAAUUGGUUGAGUUUGUAUUUGCUAUCCCUGGAUCGAAUGCCUUUUGCGAGACAGUAUUUAGCCACAUGAACUACCUUUGGAAUAACAGUAGAAACAGAAUGAAACAUGAUUUAGUUGGAGCUGAGUUGAAAAUUAAAAUGAAUACUCAUUUUACUUGCACAGAGUUUUACGAUUUUCUUUUAACUAAACCAGAUAUAUUGAAACAGAUUCGAUCGUCAGAUAAAUACAGCCAUGUUGCAAAAGUUCCACGUAUUGCUUAG